CUCGACUCCGUCACCGUACAAAACCCAUCUCACAAAGGCCCUGGCGGCACGUGCUGCCCUGACUGAUGACAUCUGGAACGGCCAACAUGCUUGCAACCAGAUUCAAGCUCCAGUGGCCGAGGGCCACGGCAACGGUGGGCUCUGCCUUUCGAGCUCGAGCACGGUGUUUGGGGACGACGACGACGUCGACGACGACGUCAUCUUCAUCAUCAUCAUCACCAACAACAACAACGACGACGCCCCCAGAAGAGGGGAGCCGAUAUGGGGAUGAGGACCGAGGACAACACAACAGUUCAUCUCGUAUCAGGCGGCCCAGCAAAGGAUCGCGGUCUCCCUACAUGGCCCACGCGUACGAGCCAGAGCCCAUGAGCUACGUGGACCUCCUCGGCCGGGCCACCUCCUACCCCAGGUGGGGCCUCCGCCGGGCCAUCGCCCGUGCCCGGGCCAUGCUGGGGACAGACCAGUACGUCGCCGCCGCCGCGGGCGACACGGCGGCCCCAGAAGCAGGGCCUGCUGAGCGUCCGCCCUCGUCUGAGCCGGAGCGUUCACUGGAGGACGUCCUGAACCGCGCCGCCAUCCGCCUCUCCUACGUGUCCGACAAGCUGGCGCCGGUCCUGUCCGCCGUCGCCGAGGACGUGGCCCAGCGCCGGGUGCCCAGCGGUAACACCAACGACCCGGCCACGCUGCGCACCCACGCCCUCGGCCGCUGGUACGCGCGGUGGCAGCAGCUGAUGUACGAGAGCCGCGCCAUCGGCUGCUACCUCGAGUCCGUCGCCUCCAACACGGAAAAGGCGCGCAGGCAGGUCUUGUCCAGCCGGGCCAGGUGCGUACAGAAGGCACUGCGGGUGCACGAGGACGCCAUGCGCGACCUGCUCCAGGAGUACCGGGGGCCGUUCGAGGCCGCCGCGUACGACAUGGCCGGCGAGCUGAGGGCAGCCCGGCUGGCCGGGGAGUGGCGCCGGGUCUGGACCCUCGAGAGGAGGCUGGCCGCGACCGCGCCCAAGUUCCUGCCCUCCCAGCCCCUCUUGUCGGUCUACAAGGUCAUGCGCGAUAGCCAGGACGGGGUGAUAACCGAGAUCUCCAUGGCCCGGAUGGCCGAGUGGGACGACUCGUACGAGUCCCUCUACGCCGAGGACGCACAAGCCCGGGGCGGCAUGAACCUCGCCAGCCGCUACCGGACCAUCUUCGACGGCGCAAGACACUUGAAGCCAUGGAAGGGGGAAUCGCCCGUAUACAUCCUCAAGUCCCCGACCAGUGACGACAUGGAAUUCCUCGUUCUGCGGCUCGACCAGAGGAUGAGGCCCUCUCCCCUCUGGCCCCAAGAUUGGGAUCCCAUCCGACCGUCCACGAGGCGCGUGGCGGCUGGCGCCAGGUUGGAACUAGCAGAGCCAACGGGUGAGGUGGAACAGCGGGCAACGAACACACCUCCGAACACGAGGCGGCCAAGACCACGUAGGAUUCUGGGUGCGCACAAGGCUCCGAAGACCAAGAACCAAGAGCAACAAGGCUCACCCGACGCGCCCGCCAAAGCCGACACGCCCGCCAAAGCCGACGCGCACGUCAAAGCCGACACGCACGCCAAAGCCGACACGCCAGAGUCACGGCAGGGGUCAUUACGAUCAGACGAGCCCACUUGAGCUACAGUGCGACUGAGCCCAUGUACCCAGGUAGUAUCCCGGCCGCUACAUGUGUGGGAAACUUGUACCAAGGCCCUUGAGGGGCACGGGAAGCCAUCAUUGAUGGCGGUAGAGCAUGUACGUGACGGCGGCCGUGAGGGUGGACAGCCACCCCGUCUCGCAGAGGAAUCCCCUUUAUCAGAUAUCAGGAGGUGUAUUAUAUGUAGAACAAGCUCUCAGCAACGUCACAUGUAAUCAGAUCCCACUGGACAGGCCAGUGCAGACAGUGGCGCAAAUCUGUACUGAACAAGGCUGGCACAUGUGCCAUCGAGUGGAUUCAGUGAAUCCCAUGUACUCAUCGUGCAGCCUCAUUUAGCUGGGACAUGGUAUAAUAAGUCUCGCAAUGCCAGGAUCAAAUGAAAUAUGUGAUAAUACGGUCAAAAGUUGUGGACGUGUAAGAGCUGCAUCCCCGGGUCACCAAGUCUGUAGCAGUUUUAUAAAGACACAUCAGAUAUGGCUUGGUGCACUUAGGGACAGGUGAUGGAUGCAUUAUCGGCCAGACGCAUGUGUUGGGAUUCCUAUUUCAACUGCACCCAGCUGGCAUCCAUGGCGAGAUUUUGUUCUGUGUAAAUGAUCAAUUAGUGUGUGAGCCGCAAGAGUAAAACGUCAUGAGACUGAGAGGAACUUCCCAAAGGUGCAUCGGCCAGUGACAGGCCUGGUAGAGUGGGAUGGAGCAAG